AGCGCGAGCACUCUGGCCUGGAAGAUCUGCGAGCCAACUGCAGACGCCAUGCUGAAGCACAUGUCAGUCCAAGAGGUCAUCGACGCCGCUACCGAGAGCGACGUCAGCUUGUCUCGGAUCCUGCGCUUGGCCUACCCCGCCGUCAACAUCACUUACGGCGAGGCCGCCGCCUUCCUGGAGGCCGUCAACGACGCCUACUCCAACACCUCGACGCUGGAGGAGAUGGUGGACUCCGUCGACGCCCCUGCCCCCGUCUGGGGCAGUGCCGCCGCGAGCGUCCACGCCCGCCUGGCCGCCGUGGUGAAGUCCGAGCAGGCCACCAUACUCGAUUCGCCGGGCCACGGCGACAACUUCCACGUGGUUCAGGGCCGCGCGGUGUACGAGGUCAAGAGGGUCCCGAACGGCAACAUGGCGUACCUGGGCGGGCACUUCGCGGACGAGUUCACAGUCUCUUGCAUCCUGGGUUGCGCCCUGGCCGAGCGCCUCGACGCGGUCGACUUGGAGACGCUCUGAUGCCGGCCCGCG